AUGCAGGAAGAAAGGCAAGGCCAUAAGGUCGAUUUUGAUGUAAUGUGGCAAGAUAAUUUGAAGAAAGAAAAAUGGGAAGUAAUUGUAGGUGAAUUUUCUGGAAAACCCUUUGAGCCCCUUCUUGAUAA